UGUUAGUUCCCUCCCUUUUUCUGGCCACGCCCCAGCCCUUCCUGUUGUCAUGGCAACGUCCACUCCUCUGAGGCCCGCCUUCAAGAUGGUGCCGGCGUUUGAUCCCGCCUCUCACACAUUCUACUUCCGCUCCGGGAAAGACCGCUUCCGGUUUCUACGGCGCACGCUGGCGGGCAAUAUGGCGGCGCGGCAGCCCCUACGGGUCUUGUGCCUGGCUGGCUUCCGGCAGAGUGAGCGCGGCUUCCGCGAGAAGACUGGGGCGUUGAGGAAGGCGCUGCGGGGCCGCGCGGAGCUCGUGUGUCUUAGUGGUCCCCACCCAGUCCCUGAUGCAGCGGGCCCCGAGGGCUCCGGUCCAGACUCGGGGACCUGUCCCCCGGAGGAGCAGCCUCGAGGCUGGUGGUUUUCGGAGGAGGCAGACGUUUUCAAUGCCCUAGAAGAGCCCACAGCAUGCAGGGGCCUGGAACAAGCCCUGGGGACAGUGGCACAGGCACUCGACGAGCUGGGGCCUUUUGAUGGAUUCCUGGGCUUCAGCCAGGGGGCUGCACUAGCAGCCCUUGUGUGUGCCUUGGGUGAGGCUGGUGAUCUGCGCUUCCCCUUGCCUCGAUUUAUCAUCCUCAUCUCUGGUUUCUGUCCCCGGGGCCUUGGCCUCAAAGAACCUGUCAUGCAGAGCCCCUUGUCACUGCCUUCGCUCCAUGUUUUUGGGGAUACUGAUCGAGUCAUCCCCUCUCAGGAGAGUAUGCGACUGGCUAGCCUAUUCCCUGGAGCCAUCACUCUAACCCACUCUGGUGGCCACUUUGUUCCAGCAGCUGCACCCCAGCGCCAGGCCUACCUCAAGUUCCUGGACCAGUUUGCAGAGUGAAAGAUCAACAAACACCUCUGCCCUUGCAUCCUCCCACCUUGGGGCAGCCUCUGUGAUGUAUUCUGAGCACCCUAGGGCCUCCCCUGGGACCUUCGGUGCUGUGCUGACAUGCUGCUCCUCAUAACCAGUUAAGGACAACUAUCCAUUCUCAGGACUACUUAAUGACUCCUGGAGGAAAAAGGAAGCAGGCGGCUUUAAUGGAUUUUGGUUUCUAAUACUAAAACAUGAAAAGGGCUGGAUGUGGUGAGAUGCUUUAAUGCCAGUACUCUGGGAGGCUGAGGCAGUAGGAUUCCCAAGAGUUUGAGGCCAACCUGGAGCUCAUAGUUCAAGGCCUGUCUGAACUACAUAGUGAGACCCUGUCUCAAAAAGGAAAAAAGAAAGAAAUUGAAGGAAGCCUUAGUGGCUGAAUCAUAAAGAAUUUACAUCUGAGUUUGGGAGGAAGAGAUCAUCUGGCAAGGCUCUACCUGACUUCCUCCAUCCUGAUCGCUGAGUUCUGUUCCCAUCUUCCCUCAUUCUCUGCCAUGCGUUCUGCUUUCUCUUGCAUAACUGCCCUACCCCUGUGAACUAUGACUUUGAAGUGUGGGAUGAUGCCAGACCUUGGGCAGGGGCCAAAGUACACUGAAUAAACUGCCUCUUCCUAACUUCCUAA